UCCUACCAAAAAGCCGCCACCGCCACUUCGCAGUUCUGCCCUCGCCCGCCGCGCUCUCCGGUGUCGGGUCGCCGAUUUUCGAUCGGCGAAAACCCCCCUGCAACGUCCGUGACAUGGUGAAUCGCCCGCUUGGUACUCAUCGAUGGCGCUUGCUGCCCUCGGCUUCUCGUGGUCAAUCUCGCGCGUUUCGCUCUACCGUCAUCGCCCUCUCAUUUUCUGCAUCUCCAAGGUGGGAAGCAGCAGCAGCAGUAGCAGCAGCAGCUGCUCCGUUGUAGUUGAAUCCUCGAGCUUUGUAGAGGAAAAGGGGACGGAAAAUGCUAGUCAUUUGAUCGGAAACCGUCAGAGGGACGGUGACAGUCAGGCACCUCGAUGGAAGAAGCUGAGUUCUGUGGAGCUUGGCAUCAGAAGUUCGAUGAUUUCGAAGCCCGCGAGAAUGGUUCUGAAUGCGUUAAAGAAAAAAGGUCAUGAGGUAUAUCUGGUCGGAGGCUGCGUACGGGAUCUUAUAUUGAAGAGAACUCCAAAAGACUUCGACAUUAUAACCUCAGCUGAGCUCAAACAGGUACGAAAUACCUUUUUAAGAUGUGAAGUUAUUGGCCGACGAUUUCCAAUAUGCCAUGUACAUGUCGACGAAACUAUGAUUGAGGUUUCCAGCUUUAGCACCUCUGGAAGGAACUCUUUUGGGGGGCUCAGAAACAAUGUGAAGAGACCUCCUGGCUGCUCUGAACGGGAUUAUAUGCGAUGGAAGAAUUGCCUAAAGCGGGAUUUCACGGUCAAUGGAUUAUUCUUUGAUCCCUAUGCAAAGAUAAUAUAUGAUUAUGUUGGGGGAAUGGAAGAUAUCAAGAAAGCUAAAGUGCGAACUGUAAUACCUGCAAAUCUUUCAUUUGUGGAAGACUGUGCUCGCAUUUUACGUGCAUUUAGAGUUGCAUCACGUUUGGGAUUUCGAUUUACUAAAGAAAUAGCUCUCUCUCUGAGGGUCUUAUCCCGUUCUGUAUUGAAACUUGACAAGGGUAGAAUUCUCAUGGAGGUGAAUUACAUGUUGGCAUUUGGAUCCGGGGAAGCUUCUUUGAGAUUGCUCUGGAGAUUUGGACUUCUAGAAUUGCUUUUGCCGUUCCAAGCAUCGUACUUUGUUUCCCAACAUUUCAAGAGACGUGACAAAGGAUCUAACUUGCUCCUGUCACUGUUUGCCAGCCUUGAUAAAGUGGUGGCACCUGAUCGGCCAUGUCAUAGUAGCUUAUGGUUAGCUAUAUUGGCUUUUCAUAAGGCUCUUGUCGAUAAACCACGGGACCCUUUGGUUGUCGCUGCAAUCAGCCUUGCUCUCCAUAGUGGUGGUUCUUUGUUGGAAGCUAUAGAAAUAGCAAGAGGAAUCAAUCAACCACAUGACUCCAUUUAUAUGGAGCUUCGAGAAUCUCCAGUGCUUCACUCAAAACUUGCAAUGAGGGAUGAAGUUAUUGACCUUGCUGCAUCGAUCAAGGAUGUAUUAUUGAAGAUGGCUAGUGCACAUUAUGUGUCCCAAGCAAUGGGCAUGUACCCCCAAGCACCUCGCACUGAUUUGGUUUUUGUUACGGAGGCCUUGCUACAAAGAACUUGCAGUAUAUUUGAUUGUGUCAGAAGGGGCAUGGAGAGGGGAACCGUGUCUAGACAGUUAAAAAUCGACUAUGAUUCCUUGUCAUCGGGGAGCUUGAAAGAGGUUCGUCGUACAUUGGCAAGGAUUGUUUUUGACACAGUGUAUCCAAAAAAGAGCCAAGAACGUUCUUGAGGUACAAAGCUCUGUUUCCUCUGUAAUUUUCUCCUCUGGAAUGGUGUCUGUGGACAUUAGUUCUCAGUGGCCCUUCAAAAGAAACUCUGGUGACAGAUUGCAAGUUGCUGGAAAGGGCACUGCGGUGCCCAAGGCUCCCACAUCCUAUGGCAAGUUGCUAUCUUGGAAAAAUUUUAGUUAUGUUAAAAGAAAAUAUUUUCUUAUGCUCUAAAGUCCAAAUUUUCAUGGAAACUUUGAGGAUGUUGAUAACCUCUGAAGGGUCAGGAUAAGAUGUGGUGAUUGAGCAUUAAGUGGUUUGCAGAAGAAUUAGGGAUCAUUCCCCCAUAUUACAUGCUUCCAUGGAGAAUGCUGAGAGUGGAUAGAGAAAUAAAGCAUCAUUUUCUUGGGAAACAGCUUUUCCAGUGAACAGGUCAUGUAUUCUUCAUACUUUUCUGUUAGUCUUAUAGCAGCGAGCGCGAGCUGUCCAUCAUAAUAGUUAGAAGGACAAUAAUGUGUACCCUUCUUCCAUUCAUGUUCGGCUUCUCCCUGA